CGGCGGCGCGGGCAGCAUGGCACUCAGCCGCCCGGCGCUGGGGCUGGCGCUGGCGCUGCUGCUGGGCGCCGUCCCCGCGGGGCGCGGCUCCUCUGGCUCCGGCCCCGGCUCCUGCCCGCCGGGCCGCGGGGACAACGCCACGCAGUGCCGCCCGGCCGGGCCCGCCGUCCCGGAGCGCCGCCCGCGCAGCCCCUGCCGCAGCCCCGACGGCGCGGGCCGGCCCUGGUGCGCGGGCUCCUGCGGCUGCAGCGCAGGGUCAGUACGACUUCGAGGUGGCAAAGAUGGGUUUGAAGGCACUGUGCAGGUUUAUUUGAACGGAAUUUGGGGAAUCAUCUGCAGCAACGAUUGGGAUGAUAAUGAUGCAUCAGUCAUAUGUCGGCAGCUUGAACUUGGCGAAAGAGGCACAGCAAAACACAUGCCAUUUGCUGAACUGGGCCUUAUUCCUGUGUACUGGAGUGAUGUACGUUGCCAUGGUGAUGAAGAAAAUAUACUGUUAUGUGAAAAAGACAUCUGGCAUGGUAGAACAUGUGCUCAAAGAAUGGCAGCUGCUGUCAGGUGCAGCUUUUCCCAAGCCUCUGUCUUUAUUCCAAUACGCCUGGCUGAUGGGAGCAAUGCUUAUGAAGGAAGAGUAGAAGUCUAUCAUGCUGGCCAGUGGGGGACUAUCUGCGAUGACCAGUGGGAUGAUGCAGAUGCGGAAGUGGUUUGUAGGCAGCUUGGCCUUGGGGGAAUUGCCAAGGCACGGAGCCAAGCUUAUUUUGGAGAAGGUUCAGGCCCUGUGCUGCUGGAUGAAGUGCGUUGUACAGGGAAUGAACUGUCAAUAGAACAGUGCCCAAAGAGCUCCUGGCAAGAACACAACUGUGGCCACAAAGAAGACGCUGGUGUUUCCUGCACACCUCUUACAGAUGGGGCAGUAAGACUAACAGGUGGAAAAGGCAGUCAUGAGGGACGCUUGGAAGUGCAUUACGGCGGCCAAUGGGGAACAGUCUGUGAUGAUGGGUGGACUGAGCUAAAUACCCAAGUGGUUUGUCGGCAGAUGGGAUUUAAGUAUGGAAAACAUGCACUGGAAAGGUAUUUUGAAGAGAGCAGUGGGCCUAUCUGGCUGGAUGAUGUCAGUUGCUCAGGAAAAGAGUCAAAUAUUCUUCAGUGCUCAAAGAGGGAGUGGGGGAAACAUGACUGCAGUCAUCAAGAAGAUGUGAGAAUAAUUUGCCACCCAGAUAAUGAUGGCCACAGACUCUUACUGGGUCCUCCGAUCAGGCUGAUGGAUGGCGAGAAUAAGAAAGAGGGACGUGUAGAGAUUUUUAUCAAUGGCCAGUGGGGGACAAUUUGUGAUGAUGGAUGGUCUGAUAAGGAUGCAGCUGUGGUCUGUCGACAGCUUGGCUACAAAGGCCCAGCUAGAGCAAGGACAAUGGCAUAUUUUGGGGAGGGAAAAGGCCCAAUCCAUGUGGAUAAUGUCAAAUGUACAGGAAAUGAGAGAUCCCUGGCUGACUGCAUUAAACAGGAUAUUGGAACACACAACUGCCGUCACAGUGAGGAUGCUGGGGUGAUCUGUGACUACCUGGGCAAGAAGUCGUCUGGGAACAGUAAUAAAGAUUCCCUUGCUUCUGUCUGUGGGCUAAGAUUACUACAUCGCCGACAGAAACGGAUUAUUGGUGGGAAAAAUUCUUUAAGGGGAGGCUGGCCCUGGCAGGUUGCCCUCCGCUUGAAAUCAUCUCAUGGAGAUGGAAGACUUUUGUGUGGUGCCACUCUCAUCAGCAGCUGCUGGGUACUCACUGCUGCACACUGUUUUAAGAGGUAUGGCAACAAUAUUCGGAACUACAUUGUGAGAGUUGGGGAUUAUCACACACUAGUACCUGAAGAGUUCGAAGAAGAAAUCGGAGUCCAGCAGAUUGUGAUACAUAAAGAGUACAGGCCGGAAAGCAGUGAUUAUGACAUUGCUUUAGUGAGGCUGCAGGGACCAGAAGAACAAUGUGCCCGAUUCAGCACCCAUGUCUUACCUGCCUGUUUGCCACUAAGACGAGAGAGACCACAGAAAACUGCCCCCAAUUGUUACAUCACAGGCUGGGGCGAUACAGGAAAAGCCUAUUCAAGAACUUUACAACAAGCUGCCAUCCCCCUGCUUCCUAAGAGGGUGUGUGAAGAGCGUUACAAGAGAAGGUUCACAGGGAGGAUGCUCUGUGCUGGAAAUCUCCAGGAACAGAAACAUGUGGACAGCUGCCAGGGAGACAGUGGUGGACCUCUGAUGUGUGAACGGCCAGGGGAAAGCUGGGUUGUGUAUGGGGUGACUUCCUGGGGUUAUGGCUGCGGAGUCAAAGACUCUCCAGGUGUCUACACAAAAGUGUCAUCCUUUGUACCCUGGAUAAAAAGUGUGACCAAACUAUGAGCCUCCUUAUUCAGAAACAGCAAGCACAUUAACUGAAGUUUUGAGUCAGACAGGGCAGCUUGAACAACAUGGCCAGUGCACAGCUGGGGCCCACAGUAGGUGGGAAUGGACACAUUUUUCUGCACUGCGUGUUCUUUUUGUUGAAUCAAGGAUUUAUAUUUUCACUACUUUCCCAGUCAGGGAUUAAUGUGCAAACACAAUUCCUUCAUGUUGAGUUCAGGUACAUAUUGCAUUUUUCCAUGUAAUAUAUAUACAUGGAAUAUAUAUAUACAUGCAGUAACACUAUAUAGAAAACUAUGAGCUCAGUGGUACAUCCUAGAACCUGAAGCCUAGAGUUUAAAUUGCCUCUGUGGCAUCUUUGUGACACCAGCCUUGUGUGUGUAUAUUCCUCCAUGUAAUAUAUAUACUGUCUUGUGUGUGACAUUCCUCCAGCUUUGUGUACACACACACACACACACACACACACACACACACACACACACACACACACACGCCUGGAGGAAUGAACUUCAUAUUACUCCAAUAUUAGGACAGUUGGAGAGUUCAAUACACCAUUUCUCAUUUCCCGGAGAAGAUGUUCCUGGCAGUUAUUCAUGCUUUAGGAUUCUCCAGAAUUAUAUGUAACCCACCAAGUUCCUAAUUAAUUCGUUUUUAAUUGUUGCCUAUUUAUUACUGCUGUGAGUUUCAAAUCCUAGUUUCUCGAUUCUAUGUCAUGUUUCUUUCAUAAGUCAAGUCAUUUACAGUUCAUGUCUGUCAUUGGCUCAUCUUUGAUAACACAGAAGAUCUAAAAUUACCUCAAGUAAUUAUAUCCCCACUUUUUUUAUGAACAAGUUCACAUGAUUUAGCCCCUACCAAAAGAACAAACAACAACUUCAAAGUCGUCAGUACUGUCUAACCUUCCUGAAGAGAAAGUAACUCGUACACUUACAUCGGCCACAUCAGAUAAAAAAAAAAAAGUGACACAUUGAAAUUUAAGUAAUAAGCAGAAUAUUAUCAUUUCAAAGACAUAUCAAAAAGGGCACACAGACCCAGUGGUUUUGGUGGCGAUUAUACUGUCCCAUCUUGAUAGCCAUCACUAACUCUGGAGGCACAAAGAACUAGUUUAAAGGCUAAGCCCCCAAAUCGUCUCUCUCUAGCAAAAUAUUAACACAGUAUCGCCCAAUAACAGAGUUUAUAGGCCUGUCAUAGGUCAUUGUUUUUCUCAAACAACUCCAGGGUAUAGUAUCUCUAUCAACACUACAGGGUAAGAUUACAAUUAGUAUAUAGACUGCUGUCAUCAGAGCUAGAAUGUGUCUCAGAUGCCGAGCCUACGUGGAAAGGUCAAUGAGUUCUUAAGUCAAAAUAUGAUUUUGUAAAAACAUCAGGACAGAUGCCCUAACAGUGCUCCCUAGUGCUAGUUUGGAGCAUUGAUUCAAUAAAGCCUGGUAGGAAGAACAGAAGAUACCCAAUACCAAAACUUGCAAUAUAUUUCAUCACAGGUCUCUCAUCCAAUUAGUCUUGUCUUCAGCUUCGUCAUUUUCAAGUUUAUAAGCACGGGAAAAUUAUGUUGCAAAAACAAAGCCCAAAGUCAUGUAGAUUCUAAACAUAUCUUUUCAAAAUCCAUGGCUAAAAAUAAUUGAAAAAGCCCAUUUGAUAGAACAAUAAAAAAGGAUUCAUUUAUACUUGUGUUUUCUUUGCUAAUUCUCUUACAAAUAUUCACAAGAGUAUAGUAACUCUGAUGCUUUAACUCUACAUUGAAUGAGUAUGAGGAAAGCCACAGUUUCUGAUGUGACAAAAAUUAGAAGUAUCAAUCAUACACCACCAUUUACUUGCCCAUAGGAAAUGACCAACUCAAUUAACUUCACUGUCACACAGCACAUAUGAAAUAUAUGACCAUAAUAAUAAAACCCACCAAUAACUGUCAUGCUUUUUGUAGUGGUCUCAGAAUUGUCAAACUGGAAAACAGAAAACGUACAUUCUCUUUUUGGGAUGUAGGGCCUUUUCGGCAGUUGUAUACAAAUAUUCUGUUUGUGACUAACACUUUUUAGAUGUGACAAAUGUUCGGUGGGCCAAGGAAUGCUUGAGCAUGAGAGGUGUGGCAGUUCUGUUAGCAAAUUGUCUCUGCGAUUGUACAAAAUUGUUAGUCUAGCUACUAUUUCCUUGUGAUUUCCAUCCCCAGAAAUUCCAGCUGUGGCUCUGCUGUUGGCUUCUGUGUACAAAAUGGGAAGCUUGUGCUCAUGUUAUGAUAAAUACCUAGUUGUAUUUAUGUACCUCUAAAAUUAUCCAGUACACACCUCAGUUAGCAUAUACUGUAAGUGUUUUGUGGCAAUAUUAGCAACUCCUUCAUGUGAUUUAAUUAUUACAACUUGGCCUCAGUUCAUCUCAAACUAAUAUUUUCAGGGCCAUAAUCAGUUUAAACAUUGUGUUGGAAUUGGUGCUAAACCAUUAUGUAUUGGGUGCUUUUAUACAACAUUUGCACAACUUUCUGUAUUUUUGCAACAUUUGAAUAGUGUAAGAUAUUGUAUGUUAUAUACUACUAAUAAAUAUUGGGUUCAAGAGUAGGAUGUCCUACUACUACCUGAAA